UUUAUUUUUCCAAUUUUGGUUUCAAUGACUUGGCUUUCUUCUCGAGAGAUUUUUUAUAUGCUUAAAGAAACCAAAGUUUGGGAAAAAAGACAAUCUUUUCCCCUCUCAGAUAAACAUCCUGUGGCAACUAAGAAACACCUUUCUAUUACUCUAACAUAUCUAUAUUUCAAUUCCUUUUGAUUCAUAGAAGAAUCAUUUCACAAAAAUCUCAUACAUUUUCAGUUUUUCAAUACCAUCUUUUCUCUUCCAAACUUCAAAUCACUGAGUUGAUGGAGAUUGAUAAAGCAAUCAGAGAAAGUGAUGAUCGAUGGCUCAAAACAAAGUACAACAAAGCUAUCUAUGUGAUUCAGAGAGCUCUGGCUCUCUACUCGAUCGAAGAAGUUGCUUUCAGCUUUAAUGGAGGAAAAGAUUCAACGGUUCUCCUGCACCUACUUAGGGCUGGCUACUUUUUGCACAAAGGAGGGCAGAAUUGUGCCAAUGGGGGUCCUAGUGAUUUCCCUAUCCGAACAAUAUAUUUUGAAAGCUCAUCUGCAUUCCCUGAAAUCAACUCAUUUACUUAUGAUGCUGCUGCAAACUAUGGUUUGCAAAUGGAUAUCAUUCGCACUGAUUUCAAAUCUGGUUUGGAGGCAUUACUAAAGGCUAAUCCAAUUCGAGCCAUUUUCCUUGGUGUCAGGAUUGGUGAUCCUACAGCGGUUGGCCAAGAGCAGUUCUCCCCAAGUUCAGUAGGAUGGCCUCCUUUUAUGAGAGUUAAUCCUAUAUUAGAUUGGUCAUACAGAGAUGUUUGGGCCUUUCUUUUGGCAUGCAAGGUUCAAUACUGCAGUCUUUAUGAUCAAGGUUACACUUCAAUUGGGAGCAUACAUGACACAGUUCCUAAUGCACUAUUGAGUGUCAGCAACUCCUUGAGCAGUGGAGAAAAAUUUAGACCCGCAUACUUACUUUCUGAUGGAAGAUUAGAGAGAGCUGGGAGAGUGAACAAAUUUUCUUCAGGUUCUGGGCAUUCACCUUCCUUUAGCAAUGGUCUAAUCAGUGCGGAUUUGCAUAAAAAUAGCUUACUCACGGCCUCAGCCAUAGCUGUGGGUGAUGAGAUCCUGCUUGGCAUUGUUGAGGACCAGUUGGGGCCUUUGCUGUGUAAAAAGCUCCAUUCAAUCGGCUGGUCAAUGUCACAAACUGUGGUCGUUCGGAAUGAUGUAGAUUCUGUGGCUGAGGAAGUUGAACGGAAAAGCUCAACUAAUGAUUUGGUGUUCAUUUAUGGAGGGAUAGGCCCACUGCAUUCUGAUUUAACUUUGGCUGGUGUUGCAAAGGCUUUUGGUGUUCGUUUGGCACCUGAUGAAGAAUUUGAAGAAUAUCUAAGGAGUGUCAUAGGUGAUUAUUGCCCAAGUGAUCGGAAUGAGAUGGCUCUGUUACCGGAAGGAAUUACUGAAUUGUUGCAUCACGAAAAACUGGCUGUCCCUUUGAUCAAGUGCAAAAAUAUAAUAGUCCUUACUGCAACGAAUUUAAUGGAGCUGGAAACACAGUGGGACUGUCUCAUUGAACUGACAAGAUCCAGUGACAUAUUAGCGGUGAUGGAACCCUAUGUUUCGAGGCUGUUGAAAACUGAUCUUUCCGAUGUGGCAACUGCUAAACCUCUAUCAAAACUUUGCCUUGAAUUUCCAGAUCUUCACAUCAGUUGUUAUCGCCAAACCAGAUACGGGCCACUUAUUGUCAAUAUCAGAGGCAGAGAUGAAGCUCGAAUUGAAGCGGCUGUAGAAGCUUUAUCCAAAAAAUUACAUCCUGGCGCGUUCUCUGAAAUCAAUUCAAGUUGACAAUGCUUACAGAAACAGUUGUUUGCCAAGCUCCAUAACUGAAAGUUACUUGAACAAGCAUGUGUUUAUCGAGAUUCAUCAUCGUCUCUAACCUGAAGUUGGAAGAGUCAUGGAAUAAACGAAGCAACUGAGUUCCGAUGGAGUAAGAAUUAUGAGGGAAGAACAAAAAUUGCAGGAAUAGAAUGCUCCAUGACUGGGCAAAGCCCUUGUAACAAAGGAGAACAUUAACACCUUUGUCAUGAUGAACAAAUUAAUAAUAAUAUAAUAUUUUUUCUGACCGUA